UAUGAUAAAUUGUGGUGAAAUCGAAACGCUGUUCUGCACGUGUUGCAAAUUUUCAUCACUAUUUCCGUUUCGUAGCUUCAGUUUUACCUUGUUACGAAACCUGAGCUGCUGGUUGAUUUGAGUUAAAUUUUAUUUCAAGACGAAUUAUUAGCAGUAAAGUAUCAAAAGAUACCCGAAAAAUGGCAGAAAGCGACGCCGUAAACGGAAACAAGGAAGCACCUUCGGACCUUGAAAAGAAGAUCAUCAAACAAGUAGAGUUUUACUUUGGAGAUAAAAAUCUUCCCAAGGAUAGGUUUCUGCGACAAAAGGCUGAAGAAGAUGAUGGAUGGAUAACAUUGGAGUGUCUGGCAACCUUUAACAGACUCAAGGCCUUAUCAGCUGAUACAGAUGUGAUUGCAAAUGCUUUGAGAAAAUCAGAUGCUGGACUUGUUGAGAUCAGUGAAGAUAAUAAGAAAAUAAGACGAGUGUUGUCAAAACCUCUUCCAGAGAACACUGUUGAAGCAAGAAACGCUGCAAAGAGUAAAACAGUCUACUGUAAAGGGUUCCCUAAAGAUUCAAGCCUUGAUCAACUGGAAGAAUUCUUUGCUAAUUAUGGAAAGGUUAUUUACAUCAUCCUGCGAAGAGAUUUGGAACGUUCGUUCAAAGGAUCUGUGUUUGUAGAAUUUUCGACUGUUGAUGAAGCAAAGGCCUUCACGUUGCUGGAAUCAGUGAAGUACAAUGACGAGGAACUUAUUAAAAUGAUGAAGGGUGAUUAUUACAAAAAGAAAGAAAAGGAAAAUCCACGCAAAAAAGAGGAGAAAAAGAGGAAGGAUGACGAUGCAAAAGAGACAAAACAAGAAAGCAAAGAAGAUGCCGAGGAAAAAGAGGAAGCCGUCAAGUAUGACAGUGGCUGUGUCGUGCAUUUCAAAAACGUAGGAGAACAGACAUCUCGUGAAGACCUGAAGAGUCUAUUCGGUGAGCAUGAAAAUAUCGCUUGGGUGGAUUUUGCCAGAGGAGAUACAGAGGGCUUCGUUCGUUUUUCUAAAGAAGGAGGAGCCCAGCGAGCCAUUGACGCUCUAAAGGAAGCAAACGACGGUAAAAUACUCAUCAGGGAUGUGGAGACAACUCUACGGGUGCUAGAGGGUGAGGAAGAAAAGAAUUACUGGUUAAAAGCUAAAGAAGACAGAGAAACAGCCAAGCAAAAGNUGACAAAACAUGGAAUGAAUAGUGAAUGUAAUUUCUCUUUUUAUUUUUUAUUUUUUCUUGUUUUUUUUCGUACACGAAAGAAAUUUAAAGGAGGAUCAGGCGGCCGAGGUGGUCGGUUUGAAAGAAAAAGACGAACUUCCGACAGGCUUGAGGGAAAACGAAACGAAGGAAGCGAUGAAAAAUCAACAGCAACUCACACGAGAUUUGAUGAAGAAGAACCUACCGCUAAGAAAGCGAAGACAGAC